AUGUGCAGUUGCGUCACUCAGAUUGUUUGCAAGGCAUCGGCUAAGGCCAUUGCCUACCCAGUGGCAUCGUCCACCCCACCUGCUACAAGCAUUGCCCAAACAGCUCGACUUCAAGGUGUCACCCGCAAUCCUCAGCACAACACCCAGCGCCUGUACCCAAUGGACAAAGUUCGGUGCCUUUGCCCCAUAAUCAACAUCCAACACCCAACGGACAAUGUCCAGCGCCUGUGCCUACGCCAAGCGGACAACGUCCAGCGCCUAUGCCCAGCAGACAACGCCCAACACCUGCGCCAAGUGGACAACGCCCAACAGACAAUGCCUAGCACCUGCGCCCAGCAAACAAGUUGCGUCACUCAGAUUGUUUGCAAGGCAUCGGCUAAGGCCAUUGCCUACCCAGUGGCAUUGCCCACCCCACCUGCUACAAGCAUUGCCCAAACAGCUCGACUUCAAGGUGUCACCCGCAAUCCUCAGCACAACACCCAGCGCCUGUACCCAAUGGACAAAGUUCGGUGCCUUUGCCCCAUAAUCAACAUCCAACACCCAACGGACAAUGUCCAGCGCCUGUGCCUACGCCAAGCGGACAACGUCCAGCGCCUAUGCCCAGCAGACAACGCCCAACACCUGCACCAAGUGGACAACGCCCAACAGACAAUGCCCAGCACCUGCGCCCAGCAAACAAGGUCCAAUGUCUGCACCCAGCGGACAACGCCUAUAAUCCUCAGCAUGCACGUCAGCGCUUAG